GUCUCACCUGACUCCUGCCAAACUGAUGUUUAUAUUCAUACAUUUUUCAAAAUAAAAAAACGGCCUUAGAAUUUUACAAAACAAAGACAAAUCCGCUGUAAAAACUUGUUUAUACGAUGGACCGACUCGUUAUUGUUAAAUUGUAGUGCUUACAAUGAACUUGCAGACUCUCUUUCAGGAUUUUAAUCCGAGUAAAUUCAUAGUCCACACAUGCCUGUUUACAUUCACGAUAUUCUUUGCCUUACGUUUGGAUAACCACAUAACUUGGUCAUACUGGACAGUUUUUACUCCAAUAUGGGUAUGGAAAGCAUUGGUGAUCACUGGUGCUACUGUUGGCAGCUACGUAUGGUGGAGAUAUCCACAUUUCAGGUUAGAAGGAGAGGCUUACAUCCACUACAAAUCAAUGCUAAUUUCCUUAGCGUUGCACCUUAUCCUACUUAUGUUCGAACUGCUCGUCUGUGAUAAAUUAGAGUCUUACAGACAUUUAUGGAUUUUAGUGUUUAUACCGCUGAUCUUUAUUAGCAUUGUUAGUAUAGCUGUUUGUAUAUGGGCUGUAAAACACGAGCGGAGUUUUGAGUUGGAGCUCUUUUGUGCCGUAAAUGUCUUACAGUUCAUUUUCCUUGCAUUAAAACUAGACGAAUUUAUCGGGUGGUCGUGGGAGGUGGUCUUUGUGCCCCUAUGGAUCGUAAUGUGUUUAGCCCUGGUGGGCGUUUUGUAUACCAUAAUAUUUGCGGCAAUUUUAUUAAGAACUCCAGAAGUGAGUGCACAACAGAGACGAAGCAGCUUCCAUUCAGCUUUAGGUUAUACAUUCUUAGUGAUUCCUAUUUUGAUAUUUCAAGUUUUAUUAGCCAACAAAUUAGAUGAAGACAUACGGAUGUCUUUUACGGCAGUAGUUAGUCCACUUUUUAUAUCAUUCACUACACUUAUCUUAAUGUCUUUUAGUGCCAAGGGAGCGAAUAAAUGGUGGUUUGGGAUGAGAAAAGACUUUUGUUCCUUCAUAUUGGGUGCUUGUCCUCUACUCCAGGAAUAUGGUAAUAUAGCUUAUCAGCCGGAACGACGGCCCAACGGGGUCGAGUUACAACAAACGGAAAAAACAGAUUUGCAAUUUAAAAAGGCCGAUCUGACGAAACCCGUUGUGCCCAUUAUUAGUAUCGAAAUGCCAGACUGAGGAAAAUUUUGAGGAAAUUUAAGGUUUUAAAGUGCUUAAUUGGUGGAAGGUGAGAUGUGGCAAUACAGGGUUUCUAUGUUUGCCUCUUGAGUAUUAUAGUAAGACUUUUAAUGUUUCAUGCCAGGAUGAGAAUUAAUGUGAAAUUUUAUUGUUAGUGUAAAAUGUUUUAGAUGUAAUCGAAUUCUUGCCUUUAGGGGUCAUUUUAAGUCAUAAUUGCCUGAUUUUCAUAAAUACUAGUGGGAUAUACACGUAAGGCAAUAAGUACAGCCGUUUUUACAUUAAAAACAUAUCGAACUGGAGAAAAAUUAAUAAGACGUUUUUUUUAUUGUAAAUCUUAGGGUUAAUCUGAGAAUGAGAUUAGGGUAGAGUGCUUUCUAGAGUGCGCACUUAAGGUUUAAUCAGGUAAAAAAUCCAAACGAAUUGCGUUGAAAAUAUAUAUUUUUUUUAUUUAUGACUGUUGAUACUUAAACAACAAAAUAAGGUAUAAUUCGCAAACUAAACACCAGUACUUCAACAGAAAAAAUUAAACUUAAAAAAAAACUGAUUUUGCGCACUCUUAUAAACCCGCUUUUUAAGAGUACGCAUUUAGUAUUGUAAGAGUACGUACGCAAUUUUAUGAACAUAGGUCACAUGUAUAAGAUCCAGAACCCUCGUAGGCACUGCAUUUUUCAUGCCACCAUUCAGCACACAAUAUGCACUCAAUCCAGUCUUCUGUAACAGGUUCUUUAAAUGUUUCGUUGCACCCUGGACAUCUCCACAUUUUCUUAUGAGACGGUGAUUUUGGCUUCUUCAAAACAGCUUUUCUAUUUUUCGGUGUCUUCUUUGCCUGUCUGAGGUUCACAGCGCAUUUUCUUUUUAAACUCUCUUCCGAAAGCUCUUGUGGUGGUGGUAGGUUAUCGCCCAUAUCUAGUUUGACUAUGGGUUUCGGUUUUUUUUCCUCUUUUUCUUCAAUUAGUUGGUCCUUAUAUGCGGAGCUGGUGAUAAUUUCCGACUUUUUGCUUCUGCGACUUGUUGACCUGAACGUAAUCGAUUUGGGUAAUGGAGAAAUUGUUGUUAAUUUAAUAUAAGUUGAUGAUGUUCCAGGAGUGUUCGAUAAAUCAAAUGUUUUGGUUUCUGAUGCUACAGCAACUGUUUGUUCCAAAGUUGAAAUGAUUGCAGAUGUGUUGGAAACCAGCUCUGUAGGCUGAGGUGAAUUUUUCUUAGUAGUGGAACUCUCAAGAACAACAGUUGGACUGUCAAGAACUUUGGAAGCAUUUUCAGAGAUUUGAUGAGGUUGAAUAUUGAUUUUAGAUGUUGAGUUAUCAGCGACUUCUAACUGAAUGUUUGGCGCUUCUAUUUGCCUAGCUACUGUAGCUGUAGCAGAAUUUUCUCGUUCUGUGACUAAAGUGGCCAUGAAGUCAGCUUCGGUAAAUAUAUCAUCAUUAAAGGGACAUAUCCCUGUCACUUUAAAACCUUCAAUCGCAUUCGUUAAAGUAGCAGCUUUAAAAUAUGCAGGUGCAAAUAUUGAAGCAAUUUGGUAGACCGUAAUUACCCGCCCUGGAUGGUUCGUCAACCAUUUUUCACACUCGUUGGAAUAAAACUUUUUUAACGGGCUAAAAAUACAUCGGUCAAGUGGCUGCAUACGGUGGCUACUAUGAGGAGGAAGUGUUAAUGCGAUAAUGUUAUAUUGUCGAAAAAAAUCAACUGCUGCAAUAGAACAAUGGGAAGUGUGGUUAUCCAUUAUCAUUAGUACUGGUUGUUCCUUUGUUGGCUUAGCAUGAUCUCAAAAAUGUGUGGCAUAAUCAACAAACAAAUCCUGAUUGAUGAAACUACUAUCAGAUACCAUUCCAAUUGAAGAUGGCGGAGCUCCGUCCAAAAGUUCUGCCUUCAUUCUUUUACGUGGAUAUAUAAAUGCAGGAGGAAUAAAUUGUCCACUAGCACUCAUUGCACAUACAACAGUAACAUUGGUUCCCCGUUCUGCGCUUGAUAUUUUAUUGACACACCUUUUUCCUUUUGUAGAGAAAACUUUAGGGGGCAUGUUUGGGACAGUUGAAAAUCCCGAUUCGUCCAUAUUGUAAAUUGCAUGUGGCGGAAAUGUAUAUUUGUUCAUUAACUCCGAGAGGUUUUUAUAAAACCGCUCACACUAUAGUUUAUUAAAACCAACAGCCCUGGCGACGCUUGUAGCGGUGGGUUGCCUUAAUGUAACAUCUUUGUACCGUUUUAAAAAUCCACGCGGCCAGCCCUUGCCUGCCAUUUUUGAAGUUAUAUUAAAGCGAUGUUUUAAUUUGUUUUUUUCAGCGAACUCAAAUGCUAGACUUCUUAGAGCUCUAGAAGUUAACUCGUAAAACAUGUCUAUUGUUUUAAUAUAAUUACACAACUCUUCUUCCAUUUCUGCUGUUAAGGUAAUGUCGAAUCUUACCAGUUUUGUAGCUACAGUUGUCCUUUUUAGCCUUUUUCUUAACGUGCCUUCCGCCAUUCCUAAGGAUUUUGCCACGCUUCUUUUACUUUCUCCAUUUUCAAUCCUCUGUCUUGCUGCCUCCAUAACCGCCGGUGAGCAUAAAGCACGUUGAGAACUUCGUUUUCUGCCAGACAUGCUGAAACACAAGAAAAAAUACGUUUAAUCCGCUAGAACAAAAAACCUGGUUUGUAAGAGUGCGCGCGUACUCUUACAAUAUUAAUGAUUGCGCACUCUUACAAAACGAGCAUGUUUUAGAAAGCGCCAGUGCUGCCUCCAUCUUGGUUCGAAAUUGUAAACAAUGGUAUGAUUUAUACGAUUCAAUGUUUAUUGUAAGCAUGACAAAAUAUGACCGCGAAAUUCUUGAAAACUACAGUUGUGUACAAUAUCCAAAAUGUCAAAAUAUAAUAACAAAACAGAUAAAAUUCCUUAAACUUACCUAAUAACGUUAUUAUCGCUGUUUAUUUGCUUAAAAUGCACAAGAAACAUGCAGACACUCCUCUUAAUCAGUACGAACUAACACCUUGUUGUUGUCGACGACGUGCUCCAAAAAUCGACGAGUGCGUACUCUUAUUGACCGCGCACUCUUAGAGCACUCUACCCUACUGGAAAAUUCAGACCUUAAUUCAUACCUCAGCCACCACUUAGAAAAUCGAUGGUCUGUUUCUAUAUGAAAGAAACAAAGAAAGGGAAAACGUUGAUUUGCCAAAAAAAAUUACAGAUUACAAUAUUCGACAUAAUUUAAUUUAAUAAAAGAGGCAAAUAGGAGUGCAUCUCGAUUAUAAGAAAUCGUUUUACAGUAACAUUAACCAUAUGUAACUAUCUACAAAAUCACUGUUCAGGAAACAUAAAAUAAAGUUUAAAGGCUCUAUCAAAUCAAGGGUAUUAAAAAAAUAUUCCAGCAAACCACAUUUUUUAACUCGCAUAAUGUUUACUUGAAUAACAUGUUUUUAAAGUGAUCCAGAAUUUUGUAAAAAGUAGGUAAAUGAUAACUAACUUGAACAAGAAAAAUGCAGAUAGCCAUGUUUGACCCUAACAUAUUUUUUUAAAAGCUAACCUAGUGAUAUUUGUUGAAAAUAUCAAAAUAUCGGAUAUUAAUGAUCUACAGUGCGGCUCUAAAUUGUCCCCCCUCUUUUAUCUUUUGAAUGCGUUUAUAUAAAAAAAUUUUUUGAAAAAAGUUUGGCACACAUUAUUAGCAAUCUAAAUACUACUUAUUGGUCCCUAGGUCAUUUUGCAAAACUUCAAAAUGGUGGCGGUACGCCAUUUACUACCUGAACAGCUGUAGUAAAGAAAAUAAAAAUGCGAAAAAUAAGAUUUUGAAAGGCUGCUAUUUUGCUAUGGGUAGAAGUAAUGACUUAAUAUUCUAGGACCGUGAAGCAUCCAGUGAGAGCUUUUAAACGUUAUAUCGCAUGAUCCCCCGUUUCUAUUUCGUUUUUUUUCCCAAUUUUUAUAUAAACGCAUUCAAAAGAUAAGAGGGAGGGGGGACAAUUAAGAGCCACACUGUACGUACACUAUAGGCAAAAAGUGGAGAAACAAACACAUUUUUGUUAAUAAUUUUUUUUGUUUUUGUAAUAUUUUGUUCUUAUUUAGAAAAUAACUUAAAUGGGGAACAAUGAAACUUUACUUUAGAUUUUUUACACUUUAACGGGAUCCAAGCGGAAAAUAUAUUAUUAUAUAUUUUAAUAAAAGGCAAAAAGUGGAGAAACAAUUUAUUUAUUUAAUUCUUCCAUAGAGUAAAAUUAAUAUCGGGUUGCAAACCCCUAAGUCUUAAUAACUUCUAUACACCUAGAAUUUAUUGACAGCAUGAGUUUGUUAAUAUAUUCUGGACUUAUGGUCCACCAUAUUUUAUUUAAUUCUUCAAAUAAUUCAUCCUGGUUUCUGAAUUUAGCCUUGUUCUUUUGUCGUAGACGUCGAUCCAAUUCUUCCCAAAGAUUUUCUAUAGGGUUUAUAUCCGGGCUCUGAGCAGACCACCUCAAUACACUCAACUUUAUUGCUAGCUAACCACUAUUUCACAAGUACUGAGGUAUGCUUUGGAUUGUGUUGAAACGUCCACAAUAAUGGCAUGUUGUCUUCAGCAUGUGGAAGCAUUUGCUGCUCAAGAAUGCGCAGAUAUUUAAAACGAUUCAUUUUUGCAAUAGAUUAACACCUCUUCCUGAAAAACACCCCCGCAUCAUAACAUUUCCGCCGCCAUGUUUUAUAGUGGGCAAAAGGUAUUUAGGAUUAAGUCUACAAGUCUUCGGACGUCUUACCCACUUUACACCAUCGGAUCCAAACAAAUUGAAUUUGCUCUCAUCCGAAAAUAAAACAUUUUUCAAUUUUUCCACGGUCCAUGAAAGAUGAUCCCUUGCAAACUGUAGUCUGGUAGCCCUGCUCUUAGGGGAAAUAAAAUGAUUGUUUGAACACCAUCACCUAAAAUUAAGACGAAAAAGUCUUAUUAACAUCUGAAGUGAUUACCAUUUUUAUUUACUAACCUGAUAGGUUGCUGGGGCUUGGAACAUAGUCUGCAUCUUUAAGAGUCGUCUGUAUCAAAAGGUUGCUGAUAAAAUUCUCCUAAAAAAUAUAAAUGUAAUGUGGUAAAAUUACGAUCUUCUAAAAGUAAAUUUAUAUUUUAACAUUAUCUAGUUAUUUUACAUAUUAUCCGAUUAACUUUCAAGAAUUUGCACGUAAAAAUAUUUUGGUGAUAAUAAUUAAAAUUGGAAAAUUAUAUAAUAUGUUCAAUAAAAACGAUACUAGAUAUUACUUUCCAAUAAGUUCAAAAUAAUAAAAUAACCUACCAGUAAUGUAUAAAUUUCCAUAAAUGUCUAACUGAAGGUAAACCAAUACUUUCUACAGCUGUUCGUUUGGGUAAUAUUUUUUCCUCUGGAGCUCACUUUGUUGUAUUUUCACUGUUUAAUACCAUACCGGAUACACAAUAUUGAUUAAACCAUAACUGCUUUUAACAAACCAAACAAUGUAUCCCAAAUCAGCUGAUUUGUUCAAACAAGUAGCAAAGUGCGCGAAAAUAUCACUUAGUUAAUUUCAGAACAGGCUAUGUGAUUUUGGAUACAUAUGAAAUUAACAAAAAUAUAUUUUCACGGUUCCUAUGUGAUUUUAAACAUAUUUGGACCCAACAAAGACAUUUAAAAAGUACAUGGACACAUUGUGAAAUGCAAAUUUUUGCGCAAAAUUCAAAUUUAUUCAUAUUUGGAAGUAUCAGAAACCCUUGUUUUUAUCCAGACUGUGUAAAUAGCUAAAACAUAAAAUUCUUGUAGAUAGUCACAUUUGGAACCGAACCAUCGAAAUUUUCCACUAUACGACUUGCAGCUGUACUAAUUUAGUAGUCUAGUAGUCAAAAAUUUUUAUAAGAAAAUCUAUUGCGCUCAAAUAUUUAGGUAAUUAUUUUAUUUAUUAAGUGCAAUAUAUUGAACCACCAAAAAUUCAAAUAAUUCUUUUUCAUUUUUGUCAUUUCAGUCCCUUAAUGCAGCUUAACACAUUGACGGACAAUAGGAACAAGUGAAGUAAGGAAAUUAAUACUAUAUGUUUUUGUCAUUUUUGGAAUAUUAAAAGUAUAGUUUUAAACUUUCUUAAAUAAACUUAAUUUCUAUUAAUUCAGCAUACUUAACUAGGUUGCGGCUAUAACCGUCAUACCCUCAAGGGGACCCUACACACUAAGUAAUUUAUUAUAAUUUUAUAAUUAUUAGAUAUUAUUUUCGGUAUGUCAUGUUUCAAAGCAAUAUUAUGUUUCCCCUGUUUAUAACAAUGCUAAAAAUAUGUUUUUCGCUGAUAAUUUUCAGAGAGAGAAAUUUUCUCAGGAAAAUGCUGUGUUCGAUUGUAGUUGAUAUCAUUGGUUUGGACGGGUGCAAGUUUAAAUUGAAGCAAAGACCUUUCAUUCUGGCCAUCUAUGCCACCUAAAGAUCGUAUGAUUUUUUCCCUAUAUUCUAUAAACUUCAUUUGAGAACCCGUCUUUUCAUCUGAUCUGCCCUGUAAAACGUUCUCCUUUUCUAAGCUUACGACGUGUUAUUUCUUGCGGCAUACCCUUCUUAUUUACACAAAGAUGUUGUCACAUGUGCCUUUUUGCUAACUAAUCUGUUUCAUAAUGGUAAACUAUUAAUAUGAAAAUUUAAAUAUGUAAAUUAUUCUCCUAGUUUUUGAACUAUUUUAUUCGUAUUUUGUAGUUAAAAGUUGAUUAGUAGGGUUCUACUUACGUUUAGCUUAAUAUUUUCAUCUAUAGCGUCUAAGUUUUUAAGUAGUUCAUCCCAUUUGACGUCCCCAUUUUGGCCCCAAUUUAAGUUAUAUUAUUGUUAAUCCCUGUAUUUUACAUUUUAUAGAAUUUGUGUACUUGCUUGGUUUGACUGUCAGUAUUUUCUAAAAAUUAUUGGUCCCUUUUGGCAAAAACAAUGAAGAAAAUUCUAAACAUUUCUAAAUUGUUCCAUGGGUCCCUAAAAGGGACGCGUUUCGUGUCAUUUUAUUGAGUUUUAAUUGUUUAGUGAGUUUUUAUCUGGGAAACAAUUAAACGACAGUCAACGCGAGUUAGGUUAAAGUUUUUGACGUUGCCAAUAAAAGUGUGUUCCUGAAUUUCGUUACACUAUUAUAAUAAAAUGGUAUCCAUCAACAAAUGACAGCCUUUGUUUAAAUAUGACUGCAUCAAUCGCAUCAUAAGACUCAUUGGUUGUCAUGUUUAAAACAUAACCUUGGGCUGAACAAAGUUCUUAGAAUUUAAUUCCAUAUUUUGCCUGUUUGUUUUUCAUGUUCGUGCGAAAAUAAAGCCUUUCUCGAAAUAAUCAAGUUUCGUUUAAUGAUAAUGUUUCUAUUGGUACAUAUACGAGGUACGUCCAGAAAGUAAGUUCCGUUUGGUAAUAAAAAUAAAUUGUGUACAGAUACAGGAAAAAUAUUUAUUGCACAAAAAUCUACAACUCUUAAAUUAUUUUUUCCACAUAACUGCCGAAAUUUUGCAGGCAUUUGUCAUAGCAUGACACAGGUUUUUCUGUGCCUUCUUCAUAGAAGGUUGCUGCCUGUGUCUUUUACCAGAUGGAAAAAUUUUCUUUCAGCUCUUCGUCACUGUUGAAGUGUUGACCUCCAAGAAAAGACUUGAGAUGUAAGAACAGAUGAAAAUCGCUAGGAGCGAAGUCAGGGCUGAACGGAGGAUGGUCAAACACGUCCCAGCCAAAUCCCUGUAGGAGGUUUCUCGUCACAUUUGCAGUGUGUGGUCGUGCAUUGUCGUGAAGAAAAACAACACCUUUUGGCAAAAAUCCUCGGCGUUUAUUCUGUAUUGCGUGGCGCAAUUUGCUAAGUGUCUCGCAGUAAACAUCUGCCUUGAUUGUUUGACCUCGCGGUAAGAAAUCAAUCAGUAAGAUGCCUUUCUUGUCCCAAAACACUGUGCACAUGAUUUUUCGAGGUGUCAAGAUUUGUUUCGGCUUAAUCCUUGCUAAGGAUGAAGUGUGUCUCCAUUCCAUUGCUUGCCGUUUAGUUUUAGGUGUAUCCUAAGAAACCCAAGUUUUAUCUCCUGUGACUAUCUGUGACAGAAAAUCUUCGCCGCCUUCAUCAUAACGGAUUAAAAACUGAAGUGCAUCCGUUUAGUUGUGGGUUCCUCAGUAAGAAUUUUUGGCACCCAACGUGAGCAAAGUUUACGAAAUUUUAGUUUUUCGGUAACAAUUUCAUGAAUUAGUGAUCGUGAUAUUUGGGGAAAUUCCAUAGCGAGAGCACUAAUUGUAAACUUACGGGUUUCCUUAAGCUUUUCAUCAAUCGAUCGAACCAGUUCUUCUGUAAUCAAAGAUGGACGCCCACUUCGUUCUUCAUCGUGCACUUCACUACGUCCUUCGUUGAACUGUUGGACCCAUCUUCUCACUAUUGAAUCACUCAUCACGUUUUGUCCGUAAACUUCGCCGAUAAAUUUCAAUUGGUUUUACUUUCUUAGCAUUCAGAAAACGAAAAUCACAGAUCUAAUUUCACAAGCGGCGGGAUUUUCAAUCAACACCGACAUUAUAAACAAGCACAACAAAGCAUACGUGGCUGAUAGCGAUCUCAAACUGGCGCAGGUUUCUUCUCCUUGAUAUAGAGCGUCUGUCGCGCAUGCGCAAAACUGCGAUCGCAGCGCUGCAGCGGAUAUAAAUAGAAACGAAACUUACUUUCUGGACGUACCCCGUACGUUCGCAAACUUUUAUACAAGCAAAUCAAGAGAGACCUUUAUUUUCCUCAAAGGGUCUUUUGAAUUUUCUUCUUCUACACGAAACCAUCUUAAUAUUUGCUUAAACCUCCUUCCAGACAUUUGUAAAGGAAAUGCUGGAUGGUCUUUCUUCUUCAGGUGUCGUCUUCGUUGCGAAAGUUGGCAAUCAUCAAUGCUAUGCGUAUUCUUGAAACAGCAAAUCGAAAGUCACGCAUAUUCUUCUUCCGACACUUCUUAUUUGAAUCUGUCUCUCAGUAUCAUCAGUUGUAACAAACUGUAUUUUGACCUUCUCAUGAAAGGUCCCAUAUACUGUAAUUUUCGUUCUUUAAUUGUCAAAAUUAUUUCUUUUUCUUUGUUUACCCGUCUUAGCACUUCAGUAUUUUUUAUCCAGCUACCGUAAAACGGGGUUACUUUGAUAUGAUUUUAGGAAAUUUUCUGUUGUAAUUUUUAAAAUAUUUAAUAAUCAGGUAUUUGUUUUAUCUGAUAGGAACAACUGAUCCUUUGACUACAAAUUUACCAAAUAUUAAAUUUUUAAAACAUGUAAUUAUACCAAAAAAAAAUAGUAUUUUUUAUCCAGCUACCGUAAAACGGGGUUACUUUGAUAUGAUUUUAGGAAAUUUUCUGUUGUAAUUUUUAAAAUAUUUAAUAAUCAGGUAUUUGUUUUAUCUGAUAGGAACAAUUGAUUCUUUGACUACAAAUUUACCAAAUAUUAAAUUUUUAAAACAUGUAAUUAUACCAAAAAAAAAUAGUAUUUUUUAUCCAGCUACCGUAAAACGGGGUUACUUUGAUAUGAUUUUAGGAAAUUUUCUGUUGUAAUUUUUAAAAUAUUUAAUAAUCAGGUAUUUGUUUUAUCUGAUAGGAACAAUUGAUCCUUUGACUACAAAUUUACCAAAUAUUAAAUUUUUAAAACAUGUAAUUAUACCAAAAAAAAAUAGUAUUUUUUAUCCAGCUACCGUAAAACGGGGUUACUUUGAUAUGAUUUUAGGAAAUUUUCUGUUGUAAUUUUUAAAAUAUUUAAUAAUCAGGUAUUUGUUUUAUCUGAUAGGAACAAUUGAUCCUUUGACUACAAAUUUACCAAAUAUUAAAUUUUUAAAACAUGUAAUUAUACCAAAAAAAAAUUUUUAAAUUGGAAUUUUAAAGCUCGAAAGUAACAUGGGGCUUCUUUGACAUGUCGUUAUUUUUCGUUUUAAAUGAAAGUAGUCCCCGCGCGGGGUUACUUUGACAUCGCAGUAUGGAAUUUUUUUAUUAUUUGAAUAGUUUUAGGGUUAAAAAAAAUUAAUUAUAUGUUUUCAAACAUAAAUAUAUUUAUUUUGAUAAACUUUAAACAAAACCCUCUUUAUUUCUGAGUUAAAAAAUAAAAACAGAUUUAAGACUUAUCAUAGAAUAACUCGACCUUGCUUAUUUACAUAUUUUUCUACGACGCUUCGUAUGUCCGCUUUAGACAUUCGAAAUCUCUCAGCAAUCAAUUGUUCUUCUCGUUGUAAAACACUUGGAUGACCAGGUUUACCUUCGUGUUUAUAAUGUAUCUUAUUCAAAAGGGUGGUUCGGUUAAUAUUGUAUUUUUCCGCAGAAGCCUUUUGUGAGAACUCAUUCCUAAUUUCUUCUAACGCCUUAUUUAAAUCCUCACUAUUUUUUAUAUUUACGCGAACCUAACUUUUUUUUAAUAAUUUUUCGUAGUCACUUGUAAUUUAUACCAAUGUUUACCUCAGACACCCGAACACAAAGAUAUGACCUAAAACAAUAUCAAAUAUCCUAACUUAACCUCACAUGUCGCUUUAAAACAGGUGGUGUCAAAGUAGCCCCCAAAAUAUGUCCAAGUAGCCCGUUUUAGGGUAAUUUUUAGUAUUCUCCGGCAUGUCCAGCGUUCGAAAGCCUGUAGUCUUCUUUCUUUGGGGUCCAUGUAAAGCAGCACAUAGCAUCUCAGCAAUCUGAUUUUCAAGGCCAAACUGAUAUCUCUUGUGCAGAAUAUCUUGUUCAUUUUUAUAAACGCUGAUCUUGCCUUUUCUAUUCAAAUUCUCAUUUCCUGGAAGCAGUGGUUAUCUUGGUACCAAGGUAUUUGUAUUUUUUUUUAAUUAUAUAUAUAUAUAUAUUCAAAGACUUUUACAUUAUUUCGUAUCAGUAUUUUUGAUAUCAUUUGCCUACUAUGAGUUGUAUAUAGCAUUAAUUGAUUGCAAAGAUUUAUGGCACAAUCCCAUAUCUUCUAAAAACCUCAGUUGGAGAAACAUUUUCGUCUAUAUCCAAACGAGUCCCAACGGCAUCUGCAUGAAGAGAAAAAUUUCUUAUAGGUAUUGUUUCAUCAUUUUCCGGUUCUUUAUAUUCCUCAUCUGUAGUUGAUUACCUUCACUAUCCGAACUGCUAUUUUCCGUACUGAUUCAUUGUUGCUUAUUUGAAAGCUUCAGCAGCCUUCAACAACUAUAAAUUGAAGAGAAAACACGAUCGCACUAUUCCACGUGUAUACUGAAGGUGCAAGACGUGUAACAGGUGAAAAGCGAAAUUCAACCUAAGAAAUCCUGUCCAAAAGAUGACACUUGGUUUCUACUUGUCUGCCGGUAACCAACCCAAGUGUCCGUCAACGUGUUAAAAUUGUUAUUAUUUUAGGUAAUAGAGACAAAUAAAUAAUAUUUUUUUCAGUAUACGAUUUUGAUAUUAAUUUUAACACAUUUAUGUUUACAAAAAAAAAGAUGUAAAUAUUAGCAUUUAUAUUUCCUUGUGCCAAUAUUAAUCCAAUUUAAAAUAAACAUUGUACAUACAA